UAUUCUUGCGUCACCGGUAGUCGGUGCCCAGCCCGGGAACAAGCCGUCGAAGCUUUGUGGUGGCGAGACCUUCCCCUUUAACGUGAGCCGCAUUCGCCUAGAUAUGCUUGGUCGUCGCCAUACGAACGUAAACUGGCGACAGCUGAUAACAAGAUGGGUCAUACUCCGUUCCACCCAAGAACGCUGGACUCUCCCAAUGAACUACCUCAAGUCAUCGAGGCCUCAGAGGAGGUUAAGCAGCAACCGAGAAAAUGGUACUACUAUCUUUGGGAUACGUUGGACAAGCCCAAGGAAGAGCGAUGGUUCAUGUUCAAGCUCGAUGCUGCGCUCUUGACUUUCGCAUCGCUAGGCUAUUUUAUCAAGUACCUUGAUCAGACCAACAUCAACAGCGCGUUCGUGUCGGGCAUGAAAGAAGACUUGGGUCUUUACAAGAAUCAGCUCAACUAUAUGCAGACAUGCUGGACUGUCGGCUACGUUAUUGGCGAGCUGCCUAGUAAUAUGAUACUGACGCGAUUUCGGCCUUCAAGAUGGAUCCCGUGCAUGGAAAUGAUAUGGGCCGUGCUGACGUUUUGUUUGGCUCGGGCCAAUAACGCCACGACCAUCUACGUAUUACGAUUUUUCAUUGGUCUUGCAGAGAGCACGUUCUAUCCUGGCAUGCAGUACAUCAUUGGCUCCUGGUACCGUAAGGAAGAGCUGGCCAAACGAUCAUGCAUCUUCCAUACAUCGUCUGCAUUAGGGACAAUGUUCUCAGGGUAUCUGAUGGCAGCAGUGUACAAGCUCGGGGGUCGCGGCGGGAUGGCAGGAUGGCAAUGGUUGUUCAUCGUCGACGGCGUCAUAUCGCUGCCCAUUGCCAUCGCGGGCUUCUGGUUCAUUCCGGACGUACCUGAGAUAGCCAAGCCAUGGUACCUCAGCGAGGAAGAAGUCAAGUUUGCGCAAAAGCGCAUGCAGCUCGAAGGACGUCAAGAACGGAAGCCCUACACAAAGGCGAAGUUCAAGAAGAUCUUGACAUCGUGGCACAUCUACGCGUUGACGCCCCUGUACGUUUUCUUCAACAACGGAGGUGUGAGUGCGGCGCCCGUAUUCCAGCAGUACCUCAAGUCUUCAAAAGACCCGAAGUACACUGUCAGCCAGAUCAACGUGUACCCGACAAUCCAAAACGGUGUGCAAGUCGGGUCGACGCUGGCGAUGGCUUGGAUAAGUGACGGCGUAUUGAAAGGGGCGCGAUGGCCCAUGAUAGUCUUCGGUGGCUGUGUGAAUAUCAUGACCGAGGUAUCAUUGGCGGUUUGGAACAUUCCUACGAAGUGGAAGUGGGCAUGCUUGUCACUAACCGGUGUGGCCGGUGGAUUAUCCGGGCUGUGUAUGGCAUGGGCACAUGAAAUCUGCACACACGACAAUGAGGAGCGCGCAAUUGUCAUUGCUAGCAUGAACGAGGUCGCGUAUGUUCUGCAAGCAUGGUUGCCGCUGAUAGUGUGGCAGCAAGUUGACGCACCCGAAUAUCGCAAGGGCUACAUCACCGUGAGCUGCUUGAGUUUCAUGCUGAUUGUUACUGCAUUGACUAUCAGGGUGCUUCAUGCCAGAGAGGUGGCGCAGAGACAAGAUGAAGAAGAGUCGGAUGCAAGUUCUGCACAGCUGGGUAGGGAAGAGAGCACAGAAAAGUAUGUAGAUCUCAAAGCAUGAGGCCGACGACAAGCAAGUGGGAAACACUACACUAGUGUAGACGACUUCUGAAUGCUACAGGAACUAAUUGCAUACCACCUUUCAAUUGUCGUCGGUGGGGGAUGCAGACACCAGAUUUACUGUGUGAAGCGGGGUAGGGAUAGGUUCGGAAAUGCGCUGUUAAACAAAGUCCUCAGCAGGCUUUGGCGUAAUUACCUAGCUACGAUGUGUGCGAGUGUCGGUGGUGUAGUCUUGCCUUCUUCAAUGUUCUGGUAUCACGGCAUACAAGGCAACCUAUAUCGGCUCUCCAGAGCCAGAAACGGAAUACAGCAUCAGCUCGUAGUAGACACAUCAAACAUAGCCCAAGAGCACCUACUGCACAGUUUACGUGCUUAGCUCAUGGGGCCAGUCAUGUAAGCCAUCCCAAAAUACGGAAA